CUCUCUGCAUGUUGCCCAAUUAAUGCAUGUGCAUUGCAUGUGUCACCCUCUCCCUGUCCUGCUGCAUGCGUCCCCCUACCAGACAUGAACUUAGAUGGCGACUGCAACAUGUCAGUCAGUUGUGGCAAUGGAAAGCUUAGACAGUGGCUGAUCGAUCAGAUUGACAGCGGGAACUAUCCAGGCCUGGUUUGGGAGAAUGACGAGAAAAGCAUUUUCAGGAUACCUUGGAAACACGCGGGAAAGCAAGACUACAACAGAGAGGAGGAUGCAGCCUUAUUCAAGGCAUGGGCCUUGUUCAAGGGGAAAUUCAGGGAAGGAGUUGACAAACCAGACCCCCCAACAUGGAAGACCAGGCUACGCUGUGCCCUUAACAAGAGCAAUGAUUUUGAUGAGCUGGUGGAGAGAAGUCAAUUGGAUAUAUCGGAUCCAUACAAAGUGUACCGAAUCAUACCUGAAGGAGCGAAAAGAGGUGCCAAGGUUAGCAGUGUGGAGGAGAGUUCAGCCCAUGUGGGGCCCCUCAACUACCCCCUAGCCCCACCCUAUACCCCCCUGCAGCCUACGAUGCCCACCUACAUGCUCCCACUGGAGCGAAGGGAGUGGAUGGACUACACAGUGGAGCAGCCUCAGCCUCCCCAUGCCGACAUGCAGUACGGACAGUGCCCUUACCCCCCUACCCGGCCCCUGCCCUGGCCCUCAUGUGACAACGGUUAUCAGAUCUCUGGAACCUUCUACACAUGCUCGCCCUCUGAAACACACACAUCCGCUUUCAUGGACCCCAGCAUGAGAACAGCAGAAGCCAUGGCCUUCACUGACUACCGGCUACACGUCUCUCUCUACUACCGAGAAUCUCUGGUCAAGGAAGUGACCACCAGCUCUCGGGACGGCUGCAGAAUCUCCUCGGCACCCUCCCCAUCCUCUUCCUCAUCCUCCUCUCCUUCAUCCCCAAGCGUGACGGAGGAACGGUUCGGCGGCACUCCAGAGUCCAUCGUGCUCCCCUUCCCGUACCCUCAGUCGCAGAGGAGGGGCGCGGAGAAGCUACCCAACGUUCUGGAGCGCGGCGUGCACCUGUGGAUGGCACAGGACGGCCUGUACGCCAAGCGUCUGUGCCAGGGGCGGGUGUACUGGGAGGGACCACUGGCGCCAUACACUGACAAGCCCAACAAGCUGGAGAAGGAGCACAUCUGCAAACUCUUUGAUACUCAACAGUUUUUAUCUGAGCUGCAGGGAUAUUUCCACCAUGGCCGUAGCAUGCCCAGGUACCAAGUGGUCUUAUGCUUUGGGGACGAGUAUCCAGACCCUCAGCGGCAGAGGAAGAUGAUCACAGCUCAUGUGGAGCCCAUAUUUGCCAGGCAGCUGAUCUACCUGGCCGGCCAAGCGCCGGGUAGCCACUAUCUCCGUGGCUACGACGUACCUGCCCAAGCAUCCUCCCCCGUGGAGGAGUACCAAAGGGCAAUCCAGCACAUGCAAGAGUGAUCAAGCUGGAGGAGACAGAUCUAUAACACACUGACAGCUAAAGAAAGACUCUCUACAUGAUUAUAGCAAACUUGUCUUCUUUGUUCCACAGAAACUGUUCUGUUACAAGGAGUCACAGGGACUAUAUGUCCCAAACGUAUGUCAUAUUUAUAUCCACAAGUGUUACCAUUUUGUGUUGGAAACCUCCACUAUGUCAAGGCUCACCUUUCCUGGGUCCUACUAUAUUGCAGACUAUCUUCAUUAAUAUAAUUUAUAUACUAAUAUGAAUUAUUAAUGUAAAGGUUAAGCAGAACUGUAUUAUAAUGUGUAUAAAGUACUGUAUGGCAGCUAUGUUUUAACACAUAUUACAUUACAUUACAUUUCAUUUAGCUGACGCUUUUAUUCAGAGCAACUUACAUUUGCUAUUUUUCAGGGUAUUGGUUAGAGUCCCUGGAGCAAUGGGGUUAGGUGCCUUGCUCAAGGGCACUUCAGCCAUGGAUGCAGGUGUAGGGAGAGGUCAGGUGGGAUUCGAACCUACAGCCCUCAGAUUGAAAGACCAACUCCCUAACCGUUGGGCCACGGCAGCCCACAAAUAGGCUAUAUGCAUAUUAAAAAUUCAGUUUUGCAGAAGUAAUUCAAUAACACGUAUUGCAAAUGUAUGACAAAUAUAUCAGUUAACGGCUAAAAUGUGCCACGCCAUCAGUUUUCACACAUCUUGGGAGUGAUGGAUUAUGACUACUGCCAUAGACGGGGGAUCACUGUACAGUAUAACCUUAUGAAGUGUGUGUGAAAGAGGGUAUAUAUGCAUGCAGGAAAUGACCUACAGUGAUGCAUAUGUGCAUUAGAAAGAAAGAAAAAGUAUAAACAGUAUUUUUGUAUGAGCAUGGUGUGUGUGCGCGUGUGUGCGUGCGUGCGUGAGUGUGUGUGUGUGUGUGUGUGUGUGUGUGCGUGUGUUCGCGCGCAUGUGUGCGUGUGUGUGUAUGUGUGUGAGAGAGAGAUUAAUAUACUGAGUAUUGAAUAUUAACAUUUACUGAGUAGCCUAUUCAAUGACAUUCCAGUCUGUGAGAUAAGGUCAUUGCGAACUAUAACCACUGCCAGCCAUCUCUCUGUGUUUCUGUAAAUAUGCUGUAAAGGCUUUAAAAACUGUUAGGUACUGAAAUGAAGGUCUUAUGAUAUGAAAUCUAAGCUGAUGAGAAUGGGGUAUUAUGGUGCUCUGAUGCGCAUGUACAUAGGGGAUCGGAAAGGGGUAAAAAGGUCUAAUUCCUGUACCUACUCUUGCAGUAGGUGUUAUAAUAUUAUGAACAGGUGACUACAGAGAGGGGACUGGAAGGGAAACUACCUCUCCCCUUGUUUCUCUGUCACUGGCGGCGCCAACAUAAAUUAGUUUCAUUUUGUCCUUUUCAAGUGUUCUUGUUGGAGGCAUUGUGAAAAAUAAAC